AUGGAAGAUCAAAUGUGUCAGUGUUUCAGUGUUGGUUUAGGUGUCUCGUUCGAUGGGAUACUUCAAGCAUUCACUCAGCAGCUCAUCUUUCGUUGUCAUCUUGCUGAUUUUUUCCUGAAUGUUUCGGAUUUCGUCCAGCACAAUCGUUUCAAUGCUCACAAAUCCCUUCCCCCUUCUUUCCUCUAUGAAGAUACGACACCUGCAUAUAGAAAUGGUUGGUUUGAAGCAACAUCUAUUAAUAAUGCAUCGAUUGGAUACAUCUACCAUAAUAGCGAUGAGCUUGCAACAGAAGAAUAUUACGGUUAUCAUGACAUUUAUAGCGGUGGCGGAUAUGUUUUACCUUUAAAUGGAUCUUCAUCAGGUCUUUUGGAAAUUUUCAAUCAACUCGAAAGAGAACAUUGGUUUGAUGACAAUACUAGAGCGAUAUUCCUGGACAUUGUCACGUAUAAUGCGCAAGCGAAUCUUUUUGGUGUAAUUCGACUUGUGAUUGAAUCACCUCCGUUCGGUCGUGUGUUUCCCUCGGUUACGAUUGAUGUGGUAAGAUUAAUAAAUUGCGACGAUAAACACGGAAUCUAUAUUAUGUUUUUCGAAGUCAUAUAUUUAAUUUUUGUUGUUGUAACGGUCAUAAAGGAAGUUUUCUUCGGUGUUCGAGAAAAGCUUGUAAGUUAUUUAUCAUCUUUUUGGAAAUUCAUCGAUUUAAUUAUUUGCGUUAUGGCUGUAAUUUCAGGUUUCAAUUAUUUACGACGAGAUUUUUCAAUUAUGGAGAUAAUAAAAAAACUUGAUGAAACAAAUGGAAAUACAUAUAUAAGCAUCGACCAGCAACGUCUCUAUGAGCACAAUUAUAUAAAAAGUGUUGCAUUUGUUGUCGCUUUAGUUUGUAUGAAAAUUAUGAACGUCUUCAGAUUCAAUCGUCGUAUUGCUGUAUUUUCAUUGACCUUAUCACGUUCAAAAACAGCUAUGGUUAUUUUUGGUUCAUUACUUGUCAUUGUUAAUAUGGCCUUUGAUAUGUCCCUAUGUGUAUUAUUGUCACCAUAUAUGUUUUCAUAUCGCACCAUGUCGAAUGUCGUAAUGACAACUAUUGCAUCGUUAUUAGGAAAACUUUCAGCCGCUGAUGUCUUACGCGAAUCCACAUGUGGUGGUAUAGUUUAUUUCAUCUUCAUGACCAUUGGUACUCUCUUUUUAUUAAAUGUAUUUGUGAUGAUGGUGCUGUUUGAAUUCGAAGGGGCACGACAUGAUCCGAAACAUCAGUCGAACGAUUAUGAAGCUAUGGAACACAUUAAGGCCAAGGCAUUAACUGCAUUUAAUGGAUUCAAGCGACAUCAUUUACCUAAUCUUGGUUUUCAUCACAUUUACCACUCAUCCUCCGCAAUUGAUCGAUUAGAAGCUAAGGUGGAAUUAAUGUUCGAUCGCAUAAACAAAUUAUUGCAUUACGUUAACAAGAAAAAUAAUUCCAUAAAUAUUGGAAACAAGGGCGAAAAACGAUUCUAA